AAUGACAACUGUCAAUUUCAACAACUCGAGCUGAAUGCAAAUAAAACUAAAUAACUAAUGUGGUUGCUUGAUUUAAUGACAACUUAUAUGAUAUGGAUAAUAUAGCUUUUAUAAAUGUUGAUAUAGUAAAUAUCGCCAUUUAAGGAUAGUAGAAAGUGUUCACAACACCAUGAGAACGUGAAUCGUGGAAAAAGUAACAAAUCAAGAUAUGAGAUGUUAUUUAUGAUUGAUGAUGGACAGUAAAAUAAAAGAAAACGUUUAAUUUUAUUCAAAUAUCAUUUGAAAAUUUCUCCGUAUUAUUGCAAGUAUUUUUUAUAAUAUACGUUAGUAUUUUUGCAUUAAAUAUAUGUUGUAAUAUUUCUGCUGAUAAUGACAAAUCCACUUGGCUUCUUGCAACAACAAAGGUUUAACUAUGGACUUCAGCAGUUGAGAUAUCUUCAUCCUCUAGCUGGAUAUUCUCACUUGUUGGAUCCUCUUGCGAUAGCACAACUGUCUCUCAGCAAGAACCAACAGUAUCAUGCCGGAUAUUUAAAUACUCUUAGUUCAUUGGUUUCAAAUGGAGAUAUUGCAGCAAAUGGCUUUUGUGGUAACCGAAACGUUCCGGAUUUGUCUCCGAAAACCGACCAUCUUGUUGAUUUAGGAACACGACAACAUGAGCAAGAUAUUUAUGAUGAAAGAGAUGAUAAAUCAGGAAAACGCCGUCGAACACGGACAAACUUCACUAGCUGGCAAUUAGAGGAGCUCGAGAGGUCGUUCCAGAGUAGUCAUUACCCGGAUGUGUUCAUGAGGGAGGCCAUAGCCAUGAGACUGGACCUUGUAGAAUCAAGAGUACAGGUUUGGUUUCAAAAUCGACGUGCUAAAUGGAGAAAGCAUGAACAUACAAGGAAAGGGCCAGGAAGACCAGCACACAAUGCACAUCCUCAGACAUGCAGUGGCGAACCACUCAGUGAGGAAGAAAUUAAACGAAGAGAUAGGGAAAAGAUGGAACGCAAAAGAAAGAAACAAGAGGAAAGAGUAAGAAAGUUGGAAGAAAAGAAGAAACUAUUUAGCAGCAUGAGCAGUUAUUCAAGUACCUCCAGUAGUAGCUGUGAUGCAAACAAACGUAAUCCAGAGACUGAAAGCAAGCCUACUGAUCUUAUUCCUUCUGACAAUGCGGGUGAACUUAAUGAUUGUGAAACAGCAAAAAAUAGUUCUGAACAAAAACAUUCAGUAGAAACGCCGCGACGGAAAAAUCCAUUUAGUAUAGACAGUUUGCUGGAGAAAAGGUCUGAUAAUCCUGAAGUGAGGGAAGUGAAUGACGGGUUAAGGAGUGAUUGUUCAGAGAACAUUAAUACAAGGUCUGUAAGUGCUGACAUUAAUAGUAUGAUGCUAUAGUCAUCGUAGCAGGAUUAAUAUUAAUUUAAAUGAUACAAUAUUUAAUAAAACUUGGCGAUGGAGAGGUUGAUAUUUUAUAGUUGUACGGGUACACGAAGAAUUGUUCAUAUCUAUUUAAAUAAGCACAUAUUUCGAGACGAUUUAGAAUAUCGUACUUUUAACUACGUUUAGAUAAAACCUUACAAAUUCUAUAUAUGCCAUUUAAAACUGUGUACUUAGUUAUAUCUAUCAACUAUUUUAGCAGAUGGUUUAUUAAAUAUAGUGGUUUACUUCAAUCACAUGUACACGUAUUGAAAUAUAAACCUCUGUAGUUGUUGUAAAAUUUUUUGGGGAUAUUUAGACUAUUUAUUUCUUGGUAUUUGAAAUUGUUACUGAUUAAAAUAAAAUUGUUUUGAUUAA